AUGGCGCCUUCCAAUAUGCAAGAGGUCCGGAUGGACGACCUCGAGCUCGAGGCAGCUGGCUACCAGCGUACCAUGCCCCGUCGCUUUACCUUCUGGGCGCUUGCUGCAUUGUCCUUCGACCUCACUUGCACCUGGCUCGGCACAGGAUCUUCUGUGGGCAUCAGUCUGACCGAGGCUGGCCCAGCAGGCACUAUCUGGUCCCUCGUCAUUGCUGGUGGCAUGACGAUGAUUGUUUCUGCUGGUAUGGCCGAGCUUGCAAGUGCCUACCCUAUUGCAGGUGCACAAUACUACUGGUCAUUCAUGGUGACGGCCGACAAAUAUAAGCCAUUUGCGUCCUACAUGAACGGCUGGAUGAGUAUCAUCGGUUGGUGGCUGGGAGCAGCAUCCGUGGCCAACUUCGUCGCUUCCAUGAUACUUGAGAUCGUUGCAGUAUGGUACCCAAACUAUGAGAUCCACAACUGGCAUCAAUACCUGAUUUAUGUCACCCUUACAUGGAUCUCGGUUGCUGCAAAUGUUUUUGGUUCCAAUUGGAUUCCGGCUUUCAACAAGAUGCUUUUUGUGGUAGCUGUCUGCACUCUCAGCUCCACCAUGCUUACACUAUUCAUUGUCAGUCGCAAUAACCAUGCAGACGGCUCAUUCAUCUUUACCGAUGCCACCAGUCGCACUGGAUGGUCAAGUAAUGGCUGGUCAUUCAUGCUUGCUGUGGGAAAUGCUGUUUACUCCUUUCUGGGUAGCGAUUGUUCGGCUCAUCUGUGCGAAGAAAUCGCAAACCCGGCGAAAAUGGUACCACGCGUCAUCAUCUGGCCACUUCUAGUGGGCCUAUUGACUGCAUUUCCCUUUGCGGUAUCUCUCAUGUACUCCAUCACCGACUUGGAUGCGGUCUUCAAUACCAAUGCAGGCCUUCCAUUGAUUGAAAUCUACUACCAGGGAACUGGCUCUCGGGUGGCAGCCUCGAUUUUGCUGGCGAUGUUUGCGUUCUGUUUCUUCGGGAACCUGGUAGCUAAUGCUACGACCUCAUCCCGGACGCUUUGGGCCGUUUCUCGUGACGGAGCUCUACCUUACUCUCACCUUUGGGCCCAUGUGCACACAAAAUAUCAGAUGCCAGCAAAUGCAAUGAUGCUAUCCGCAAGUUUCAUCACGCUCUACGGUCUGAUUUUCCUAGGCUCAACCACAGCGUUCUCAGCUAUGGUUAGCACGUGUAUUGUUUUCCUGCAAACAUCGUGCGUCAUCCCACAGGCCAUAGUCCUAUACCGUGGCCGCGACCGCGUUCUUCCACCACGCCAUUUCAAUCUCGGACGCCUUGGUGUACCAAUCAACUCGAUUGCCAUCGCGUGGGUCGUGUUUCUCGAUAUUCUCUACUGCUUUCCAACCUCUCUGCCGGUGACGCCACAGAAUAUGAGUUACGUGUCGGUGGUCUCUGCUGGCCUGGUCGUGUUUGUGGUUUCAUUGUGGUUCACUACCAAGCGGGGUGUGUUCACCGGCCCCAAGAUCGAUAUCGCGCUGUUGACCGAGAGGCGGAAUGCCGCCCUCCAGGGUGACGUUAUAUCGGCUGUAGAAGUCUCUCCGAAAUCAGAGCUAGAUGGAGAAAACUCGUCGAAGGAUGGCAAAGUAUCAUCGAUUUGA